GUUGGCUUCUAAAAGGACCAUAACAUCUAGCAGGCAUGAAGCUUGAAUUGAAACUUGCUCAGAAACAAUAGUUUUUCUUCUUCAGCUACAUUAAAAACCCAUUGUUUCUGUUUAACUCUCAAAUUUUGUGUGUUUUUCGACCAAGGACCGCCAUGUUUAUCUCUUCACAAAACUCCCCGGCUGCCUUCAAAGGUUUUACCCUCGUCAUGCCUGCAGUGGCCGUGGGUAACGUGGGUCAGCUGGCCGUCGACCUCAUUGUGUCCACUCUCAACAUGAGCAGAGUGGGCUACUUCCACACAGACUGCCUCAUCCCGAUGGCUGGGAACAACCCGUACGCCAGCGGCAAAGAGGAUGCUGAGGAGCUGCACACUCCUGCAGAAGUUUACACAGAAGCAGAGCUGAAACUGGCAGUUCUUCAGAUCAGAGCACCAAUCAUUCAGACAAGGACUAAAAGGUUUCGUCAGCAGCUGGUAUCAUGGAUCAAAGCCAGCGGUUUCUCCAGGACGGUGGUUCUGUCCAGCAGCCAUGCCUACCAGAGGGACGAUCAGCAGCUGCAAGGGACUCCUCUUAGGUACCUGGUCACUCCGUCCCUGCUGACGGCGAGUGCAGAUGCUUUUAAGGAGUUAAGCUGGAAGGAGAUGGAGCGAAUACCUGCAUUUCCUGGAGUAAAGGAUGCAGAUGCAGAGCCAAGACUCUGCAUCCCCGGAGGAGGCAUCACCAAAGGACUUUACACAGACAGCUGUGCAGAGAAUCUCCCAGUGGCAGUGCUGCUGCUCUUCUGCUCUGAAGGCGACAACAUUCCUGAUGCGUUCGCUCUGGUCAACCACCUCAAUGACUGGCUCCACCUGCUGGACGGUCAGUGCCAAGAACCAAACAGCAAGUGGAAGAUUCCAACUUCCUGGAGUCUGCUGUUUGGAGGCGGUAUCCCUCCUGCACUUUUCUGAUUGACAUUUUUAUGCAAAAAGUAGCUUGUAGUAAAUAUUAAAAUGCUAUUUCUUUAAAGAUGCAUACAAAUUAUAAUCAGUUUGAGUCUGGAUACCAAAUUGACAUAAAUCUUGAUAUUUGAUGUGCCAAUAUUAUGAGAAUUAUUCUCAAACAAGCACUUCUGUCACAGUUUCUGAGCAUUUGAAUAUUUUGCAAUAAAACUCAUGACACUGG